UAACCUCCGUAUCUCCUCCCUUUACCUCGACGUUGCUCCCUCUCCGCCGCGUUGCCCGCGGCCAACAUGCAUUUCGCGACGUGCCGCUGCUACCAGCACUCUUAGUGAGUUACGGACUGCAUGCAGUCGCGCGUCGAGCGUACUGGCGGCUCCCGGAGUGUUUCCAUUUUGCUUCGCUGUUUCUUACAUCUGCCUCAUAACCGCCGGACUCUCACCUCGACAUCGCGCGGACCGACGUGUAUCGCGGGACUUUACUUGACAGUGGCAGGCGAUCAAGGCAGGAUCCGAGCUCGUCGUUGGAGCCAGCUCGACGCAGCAAGGGGUUAAGGAAAAGAUUGUACGUAUUCGCAAGGAAGAAUUGGUGAUCCGACAGGGAGAGGGAGCAGAGGGGGAGAGAGAGAGAGAGACAUAAGAGAGAAAGGACGGUAUUUGACGAGCUGCAAGGGAGAGAGACGAGAGACUGGACGCAGUGCGCGUGUGCAGUGUGUGCGCGCGCGACUUUAUCGUUUGCGUUUUGUUGUGCUACAAACUUUCGGUGCACAUAGUUGGCGACGUCCGUUUGUUGGUUAGGUUAGGUUCGUCAGUUCGUUCGCGUGACUGUCCGCCCGCGUAUCGUUGUGACGACGAUAGCGGCAGUGGCGGUGGCAACGACUGCUACGACGACAACGACGACUUCGUCGCAAGGCCGUGGACAUUUCGCAACACGGCUCAUCUUUCUAAUUGAGGGGACACGCGGUUUAUCGAGACACGGACGACGAAGACUAUAAACGGAUCGGGUGAGAUAAAAACAGAAAGGGUCGCGCGAAAAGGGGAGAACGAGAGAAAGGCGAGAAAAGUGGCAAAGAGGGGAGGACUGUCCAUUUCCGGGGGCGGAGACUUCCUGCCGCGUUUGCCCCCCUUCCUCCCUGCUGCUUCACUUGUUCGUAUGACCGUACUUUGGCUACGUGUGUGAGUGCGUUCUGUAUGUGAGAGAUACAGAGUGACGGAGCAGCGCGGCGCGGCACAAUAAUCCUCGCGCUCUGUCGUAGGUCAUUGACGAAUACGCACGUGUAACGCCACGGCGUUUCGAUCGGUCGCGUGGGAGCGGAUAGACCGCGCGAACGUUUCGUUAUACAUGCGUUACGCGCUAAAGCCCCCGCGUCGGAUCUCGCGUGAUCGCCGGAUCGCAACAGUGUUGCUCGCGUGUGACGAGAGGCAGCCAGUGGUGGACCCUCGACGCGACACCGCCAAUUUAUCCCCUGUUGUUGGUCGUGAAAGGGACAGCCGCCGAGCGAAGCAGGAGGAAAAGAGGCGAAGAAGGUGACGUCGCGCGCCAGAGAAGGCAGAGUUGCAAGAACGCUUGAACAAUACAAGACAAUCUCUCUCGGGCUGCAACUCUACGCGUACCAUAACGAUAUAAAGCGCGAUUUCGUCCGAGCGAGAUUAGUCGUUCCUCGUCCGACUCGGUUCGGUUGACGUCGGCGAGAAAGAUCUGAUUACUAUCAUUCCCCGCCGUCGUGUGGGAACAGACACGAGAUCGGCGCUUUUUGUUCAUUGCAUAGAGAUAGAGAUUCAAUAAAAAUUCAACGUCAUAGGCGUCAUGGAUAAUAUGGAUAUGAACAGAUCUGAGCCAGGGGAGUCAGACGCAUCUUUGGAAGCCAAGCGGGCAUCACCUGUUUGUACGGGAUGUUUUAAGCUAAAGCCUACAGCAUCAAAUCGGGCAUCACCUCUUUGUGCGCGAUGUCGCAAUCAUAAUUUGAGCAUCCGUCUCACAGGCCACAAGAGGUACUGCAAGUAUCGACACUGCACGUGUCGCAAAUGCCAGGAAACCGCAACUCGGCAGAGAAAGAUGGCGAAGAAGACGCGUCAACAAAGAGCACGCAAGCAGGAUAAGGAUAAGGAGCUCAAGCCCGAAGAGGUCAGUCCUUUCUUGUUCCACAAGGCGAAGGUGCACAUUCUUCAUGGGGAUCCUGUGAUCGUACGAAACCUCCAGGUAGAUCCAUCGGCUUCCGAUGUAGAGGACGCACUCGAAUCCGAAUCCGAACCCGUGGAAAAGAAACGAAAGAAUGACAACCUCGAGAUCUUACUUGAGUACAUUAAGAGGGAGAUGUACCACUUCCGCUUUGUCUGGCCGUUGGUGUCCUUAGUGACCACUAUUGUCAAGUAUAGCCAGGAAUACGCUUCAGAAGCGGAUAUUGCAGAGGCCUUCAGCCGCAUAUCUCGAGUUUACAUAAUUCGUCACGCGAAAAUUAUUCGUCGGAUCAUCGUGAGCAAAGUAAUUUUGUCGUUUCUCGUAAAUUUAUUUCCACCUUGAACUUUGCACUUAUAAUUGCUAAAUUUUUUGGAACUUAGCAUCGAUCUACUAUUUGUUUUUCAAGGUCUUAAUCGAACAAGCUGUGCUGUAAUAUUCAGUAAUCAGGUUCGAUAUGAGUCGAUAUAAUUUUUAAAAACUUUUGAUUGCGUCUGUGCGGAAAAUCACGAAAACUAUGACGCAUGCUUGUGCAUUUGAAAACUGACACAAACGUACUUAGAAGCAGCGCAGCAACAACUCGAAGAUAUUUCUUAUAUUUGCGGAUUUUAGAAUAAUUAAUGGUAUUGGAGUUGGUAAAUGUUAAAGAAGCUUGCAUUUAUUCUUGAAAAAAUUUGUCUACAAAAAAUCGCGCGCUAUUAUAAAAUAUUUAACACAAAAAUUUUAUUUGUAAGCUUUAGUAUACAAUUACAUACGAUUUGCCACAUUGGGAAUUCGUGGAAAAGAAAUCAACCAUUUCCAUUAUCUCUUAACGAUAAAUCAAUCAUACAUAUUGUCUGUUUUGAAUCGUUAUAGUAAAAAUAUUUGAUAGAAGAAGCUUUGCGACAAAUUAAAUUUAUCUGUCGAGUCUAAUGACUAACUUUGACUAUGAAUCGUAUGUGUUUAUUUUUCCCUCUAUCUCUCAAAAGAGUCUCGCUAAACAGAUACCAACUUCAAUACGAGUAAAAUUCUGUUUCCGCGUGUACUACUCAACACAUUCACGGGAGGAUCUACACCCUAUACUUACCUACGAUCAUAUUUUGACGUAGAUAAAUAUUGUCUCAAUAAACUUACGACAAGAUUAUUAAAUAUUCUUACCACGCAACUCGCGAAGACAACCUUGGAAGAGGAAACACACUGGUAAGGAAAGAUUUUCACUCUCCUCUCAAAAGAAAAGCCUUAUCUGUCUUCUGUCGGAAGAUGUCUCGCCGUGUCUUGAAGAUCACGUAAACACUCGAGAAAGAGAAAGAGAACCUGUUUGGUGUCACUACGGCGAUGUUUAAACUACGUCCCGACAGCUUGUACAAGAUCUGCGCAUAUGCCUCAUAUUCAUAAUUUCGCUGCGUUCGUGCGAAGUGAUACGUCUUAAAGAAAGUUUCUCGUUCGCUUUCGUACGCGCGAUUGCGAAAUGUGAAAGGAUAACUCGCGGCUGUCGAUGAUUAUGUUCCACGCCCGAAGAUCACUUUCGUCAAAUGAUAUUAUUUGCAGACGAAGAUUUUAUGCAACUCGAUUAAAACAAUGGAGAAUAAUAAUAUCGAAUUAGCAUAAGUGAAAGGAAAUAAAAAUUUCCGCGCACUACUUCACUCUAAACUACAUUGUAAACUAUAUUUUGAAGUGGUAUACAAAGGUCAAGGACGCAACGACCGUUUUGCAGUAAAGUAUCUCGCUUAGGAAUCACAUCAACAAAAGGGAAUAUUCGGCUCGAGCGAUUUUUACGGUUGCCACUAGUCUCGCGUAACAUCUUAAAUUAGAGCGAUUCUUCUCGAUGACGUACAAAGUAAUGCAUUACCAUUGCCGCCAUCGCUUAAAAUACGUCGUAAUAAAUACGCGUUGUCGUCGCGCCAAGCGGGAAUCGUUACCGGAUAUUUCUGCAAUUAUAAUGUAGCCAUCAUUACACACGCCGACGAGUGCUAAAUUUUGCUCGGUUGGAGAACAGCCAGCCGUAACUCGAAAAUCAUAUCUUCCGCCGUCCUCUUCGUCGCAGUUUUCGACUCGCUCUCAAGGUCAACAUUCGGGUUAAUCCGCAUGUCCUGAAGGGAUACGACACGCGGAUCCGAGCAAUACGCGCACACAGACAUGCAAGUGGACAUUUAAAGGACGUCUUUCGAGCGAGACGACAACCACGACGUUCGUUAAUCCGCUUUAAUAUCCCGGCGUGAAUUUUUCUGGGACCCGCGAGAAAAAGCAAGCUCUGAGAUUAAUCGAUGAAUGAAGUAUAUGCACCGCGCAGAUAUCCGGUUGUCGUUUCCCAGGUAAGCAGGUGAGAAGCGGUUUAAGGCAUCGCGAAAGGGUACGACGUUUUUAUUCACUGUAACCGUGGAAUUGACUCUCGGACAAAACCUCCCCUCCGUCAUUGUGAAUCGCUUCGGUUUCGGAUCACUGAUCAUUCGCCCAGAACCGUUGCGAAGUAUUUUAUUCGUUUAUUUGACGAUCGAUUUAUACUUGACGAUUAUUCCCGACGAUCUGCGGCGUUGCUGAAUUCACAACGUCGUCGUUUUACGACGAUAUGGCCACGAAGUCACAUAUUUAAUAAGCCUCACGACGCAGCCUCGUAUAAAUAUCACUUCGUACGAUGUAUUUCCGCGUGUGAGGCUGGAACCGCUAGUUUUAUUGAUUAUGUUCGCAACACUCACAUCCUUUCUAGCUAAAUAGGCUUGCGUUCAAAGCCCGAUGAUUAUAUUUCGAAACGCUUUAAGUGAAUCAGAGAAAUUUUGCCUCUACAUUGACGCUGCAGCUUUCAUCGAAUUUGAAGUACUAAUGAAAAAUCUCUCGAGGUACACAAUAUCAUCUAUUCUAUUAUUCAUUAAUACUAUAAAUAGUUAUUUAUUGCUAUUUUGUGGAAUUGUAGAGAAGAAAGAUUUAUUCAAUAUUCGAUUAUUUUUUUCAGUAUAUUAUAUAUAUAUAUAUUUAACUUUAUUUUUAGUUUUAACAAGCAACAUAUUAAUUGUAUAAUUUACUCAACCGCACUUUUAAGCCAAAUCUUAUCGGAAUCAUUAACAUUAACAAAAACUAAAGAUAUCAUGAGAGAAUAAAUUUUAUUUUAUUUACUCAUUUGACCAUUAAUUUUUAUUACAUGUUAAAUAUCAAAUAAGGAUAAGUAAAUCGAUAAAAAUCUAUUCUUUCAUAAUAUCUUUAGCGAUAUUAUUGCUGUUAGCAAUAACUCUUUUAUAAUUUCUGUGUAAUCUUCAAACGUUACAUAUCUUAAGAGAUUUUCAUCGCCAGCAUAUCUCAAACGAGUUGCAGGACCGUGGACGCCGCGAUAAAAGUAUUAAACCUCGAAUGAAGAACAUGUCAAAAUAAACAUUUGUUCAAAAUGAGAUGAAAAAAAGAAACAUUCCGUUAUAUAUACACAUGCUCUUGAAACUCAAUUACCCAAAAAUCAUAAGUUUUUGAAUCUCCUAUCGCAAAACUUGCACAUCACCGUUAUAAUAAUAGGAUACUUCGUAGGACUCGUGAUCGGAGAUCGGCGGGAUAAUUCCGGAACACUUCCACGUUACGAGCAUAUGUCAAGUGGAAGAUAACGUAUCGAUAGAUUGCCUCGAUAAAGCGGCGCAUGAUUGUGCUUUAUGCGACGUAAUGACGGGGAGGAACGCGCUCCCAGGGUCGAGAAAUGCUCUCCAGGAUUAAGUUCGCAGAGGAGGGACGGCUAAGUAAGCGUCUAAGGAAAACGGAGAAAGUAUAAUUUGUUAACCAGUUUAGCUACUGUGUGCCAAUACCCAAUCAUUAUAAAUCACUUAAGCCGCAAUAUAGGUGCUUCAUCGAAACGUCAAAGAGUCUAGCGCCCCGGGACGCUAGCGAUCGUACACAACGUAGGUUUCUUACUUAGAUCUUAGUGAGCGGAAAAUUGUCAGGACAAACGAGCGCGCAAUUAUUUAUUACUCUGAUGUCUAAACCCGAUUAAGAUUUCUGCUCGCUACUUCAUUAUCGCUGUUAUUGCCAGUUACAAUAUACAGCGACACUUGUCUACUUGUAAGUUUAACCUAUCCGGCGUUGCUCGGGUCACAAUAAAAUGUCGAAGAAAUUAGGGGGAGGGAUUGAGAUGUCUAUGUUUCAUGGUAGUUUAGAUUUUCCGCAGGCUCCUAGAGAGUAACUAUACAAAAUUUGAUUCAGAUCAGUCAAAGAGUUUAGGAGUUAAUAAGAAACACACAGAUAUUUUAUUUUAUAUACUGAGAAAAAAGCAGUUGAAAUCAAUAAAAUUGGCGAUCACUCGUCUUCAAAGAAAUGUUAUAUCUAUUGAACAAUUACACGUUAAUACAAUAAUAAAUCACAUUGAUAUAAUUACUAACCAAAUUGCAAUAAUUGAAUUAAUCGAUGAUUUCUCUCUCUCUCUCUCUCUCUCUCUCUCUCUCUCUCUCUCUCUCUCUCUCUCUCACGUCGUAGCAACAAUAUAUUUCGUUCAAUUGACUAAACGUUUGCGUGAACGAAUUUUGUUCACUCAGACAAAGUCUCAUUAACUCAAGCACUUUUUUCUCAGUGUAUAUAUAGAUUACAAUACACAGCGAUAUCUAUUCCAAUGAUCGACGUUCCUCUCUUUCUUAUUAUUUUCGCCAUUAUCGUCGUUGUUAUGAUUAAUCACUACCUUUAUCGUCGCUAGUAUCACUAUCGUGCUUGCAAUCCGACAGCUUAUAAUCCGAACACCGAGCAACGUAGUUUUCAAGGAAACGGAAAUUAAAGUAAUGCCACAUUUGAAAACUUUACCAGCAAAAUAUCGAAUCGUCGUUCUCUUCCUUCCUCUUUUGUUUUCCACUGAAAUUAUUAAUUACCCGAGUCAAGUAUCAAACAUUUCGUUGGCGUUAUAUUGUUAUUCACGGCGCCAGUCGUUAUCGUUCGGGAAUAAAUAGACUCGUGAAGGGGAGUAGUCGCGAUCUCGUUCGGCCGGUCGGAUAGCUGCGUUUUAAGUCGACGCGCGGAAAGCGACAUUCCAACGACGGUCUCGCGUAUGAGCAGGUGAACGAUUAACUGCUGCGCCUUGUGCGUCGCGCCAAGUACAUCGUUACGCUAUUAUUAACGUUACGUCGUGACGUAUAAAAUGCGCAAACUCACGCGAGUAUCGAAAGCUGACGAGAGACCGAUGUCAAAAAUAAUGACACGUUGAAGCAUUAAUAUAGAAUAAAAAAAAGAGAGAAGAUACUAGGGGAUCGUUAGUUGAAGAGCAACAGGCCUUCAGCGGCCGUUAUCUUGGGGGACAUGUUCCGAUCGCAUAAUUUCCCGUGUCCUUACGGACUGGACAGAAAAGUGCUCUUGACGGACGAGGGGUCUCUUAAUUGAUUACGAUGGCACUUCCGAGAGCCGGAGAUCGGCGAAGGCGCGUACGUUUUACCAACUAGUUUGAUGUAUAACCAGUAUGCGCGCGUGCCCGACAGGCCUAAACGCGUUGGAAUGAUACUCAGCUAAAUAGCGAAUGUCCACACCUCUGCGCACGUGUCAGAGAUUAAUGACGCUACUCGCGGAGAGAGGUGAGGAUGCUUCGCCAUAAGAACAGUAACCGCGGCGGAGGUAGCAGCGCGCCAGUCUGGUGUAAAUAAUGAGUCAGCGAUACUAAUGCGCAGUGCGGCUUAAUUGCUUCUAAAUAUUGAUGCAGCCGCUACAUAGUUAGCAGGGUGCGUAAAAUAGGCGUGUUUCAAUGACACCCUCUAAUUACGAUUGGAUCAUUUUUGCACGCGCCCUUCUUCAGGCGAUUUCUCUCAUCUCUGCGCCUCUUUCUCCUCUUCCUCAGGAUUUGCAUAAACGAGCGAAACCGAUUUGUCUGUUUGUAUCCGAAAUGUCGAACCGAGCCGAAGCUCAUAUUAAUCUCAGAUUCGGUGUCUUGUAUUAAUAGUCAUUACUCGAGACUUGUCCUACGCGAGAUACUCUGAUAUGAAUUUAGAAUUAGAUUUGAGUUUUUUGUGCCUGAAUCACACGAUAUAUGCGACGAUUACAUUUGCAAUGGCGAUUCGGCUGAUAAAUUCAUAUCUAAUUCUAAAUACAAAUUUGUAGUAUCUUAUUUAAGGUGAAUUUCAAAGUAACGACUAUUAAUACAGCUUUUAAUGAGACUGUGUCGCGUGAUAUCACGUUUUUAUGGUGGGCGAUAUUAUGCCAUAGAGUGAAAUGAAAUACGCGGUACAUCUGGGUAAAUCGCACGAGAGAACCUGUCCGUGUCCAUCUCCGAUGUUUCGCGCGGUGCUCUCGGGAGACUCUAUUUCCUCCUCUACGUAAUCUAAGCAAUCGCUUAUAAUUAGGCAUUGGACGUUGGAGUGCUAAAACUGUGCAUCGGAGGUCGCGUCAGACACUUACGGCGUACCGCCGAGUACGGGAAAAGCGUUUCGCACAGAAAGGAAAAGUGAGAGAUAAAACAAAAAUGUCACGCAAUGACGCGAGUGGAUAGAGCAAUGACGUUGCAGCCCACUUUCAAAGCUCUGUAUUAUCGAAUCACUAUUUGUAGUGAAUUACAUGCUGGAUUUUUCACGUCACAAAUACAUAUUAACGAUACCUAAAAUAUCAUGUAUUAUUCGUACGCUAAAUUUUCUUAUCACGCAUUGCUUAACACGCUACGAAUGCGCUGUAAUUGUGAUCUCUUUAACACAUAUCGAUCAUGUGUAGCGUGUGCUGGCAGUUUUCAGCUAUAAUGAUUCGAUCAAAAGUGAACCGCGACGCGCAAAUACGUAUAUUAGCUCGAAGUCGGCCAACACAGGCAUUCCUCCGAUGCUCUCAAGUCCAGGUCGCGAGAACGAUUAACGGCUCGUGUCUUGCGGCCAAAAUAGCCGUGUAGUAAAUAUACGGGUACAGUGUAGCGAGUAUAUUGCGUCUCUCCUCGAAGUAAUGCGUUCACGCGAUCGUUACUUUGCGACGGAAACAAGUUCGAUCGUCCCCUAAAAUGGCACCGUCCUGAAAUCUGAUGAUACGAAUGAUAACGCGAAUUCGACACUCGAACGAAUACCAGGUUGAAAGGCUCAUCAUCGACGCUUGUACUCGUUCGCAAAACGGUUUGCAUACUUUUGAUCGAAUGAAAUUGCAGCGCUUCAAGUUGUGACACAAUUAAAAGAGCCACUGCUGAUACGCAUAUGCACUAAUUAUUUAUGAGUCCUAAGUGAUAAUAUCGAGUGUAACGAUUUGGGAAGAAGAGUUUAUUUCAAAAUUGUAGGACAAUAUUAUUUGAAUAAUAAUAUUAUUUGUAUAUAUCUUAUAAAACAUGAUAACGCGACGGUGUGUUGAAUGGACGUCAACAGUGGUGUGUGCAGUGAAUUGUGACAACUCGGAGCGUCGCUUCGAUUUAUUUUCAUUCAAUAAAAAGCACGCACAUUCAUUUUGCAACCGAGCAUAGAACGUGCCGUAGUACGCGACGUAACUUGUGCAAUUAUGCCGCUGUUAAUUGUAGAAACAAUUAUAAAUCCGCGGUGCAAAAUAAUGAUCGGUGAAGGACGCAUGCGGUUAGGUUCGCAGUAGGGGUAGGUUCGCAAAUCGUUUCGUUCACGUAUUUAUUGUGAAACAAACAGUUCGAGUGGAAUCAUAAAACAUUUCGUUUAGUGUAAAGAUACUUAUCUCCAAUUUUCAUUACAAUCGCGCAAAUAUAGGUAAAAGAAAGAAAAAACUGAUUUGAGGUCAAUUGAGUAAAGUUUUAGACGUCUCGUAAUAUUCUCCUUGCAUUUUCUAUCCUGAAUGAAUGAACUGAAGUUAUAUAAUAUUAGUUAAAAUGAAGUUUGUUGAAGAUAUAUGAUACACUGUUUUAUAUAAUAACAGUGAACUUUAUUCUUAAAAUUAUUAAAAUCGCAGAAAUGAGCAGAUGGGGUAGGUUCGCUAAUUUUUCUGUAUGGUAGCACUGAUGAACUGGUGCGCACUGGUAUAACUACGCGCAAAGAAUAGAUUAGUAAACACAUAGCUCACAAUGCAUAGUGAUCAUAGGAUCAUAGGACACUGCAACACGAACGUAUGAUGAUGCAUAUACAUAUAAAGUAUGUUACAUAAAAUUAUUUUCUUUUGUUUUUAAGUAUAAAUAAAAUUGUAAGCACAAAAGUAUCGUAUAUGGUAUUUCAUUGUAUAAUUUAUUGAUUUAACAUUCUUCAAAGUGUAUAAUUACAUGUAUUUUAUAUAAUGCUGACUUACCCCGAGCUGGCCGGUAUGCCAGCCUACCGGGGCAGGUAUGCCUGCUUACUGCGUGUUGAUAUUUUUAUUAUUACAGACGAAACUAUACAGUUUAUAACAUCGUCAAUAGGAUCAAAAUGUAGAGGAAGAUUGUCUCUAUCAUUAUUAUAUAGCCAAUUGGAACAAUUAAAUAUA